AUGUCGAGCUCAGCAGCAGUCGCGUCCGCGCACGAUCCGGCGCUCGACCUGCUCCCUUCCGAGCUGCAGGACACCAUCAUGGAGAAAAAGUUUGCGCAGAUCCGCGAACAGCGUCGCGAGGCGCACCACGUUCUUCGCGAGGCCAAGCAGCGCACGCGCAACCAGCAGACCGACCAGCAGAUCCUCAUGCUCAUGCAGACCGACGAGCGUCUCGCAUCGCUGCUCUCCCAGGCCGCAGAUUCGAUGCGCGCCCUUCUCCCCGUCAAGCCGCCGUCGCCCGACACCGUCCGCCUCGCUCCCUCCGACUCGACGUCCGACGCACCGGCUUCCUCCUCGUCCACCUCCGAACCCACCCACGGCGCCAGGGCGUUCGAGUCCAAGGCACAGCAGUGGUUCUCCAUCCUCAACGAGGUGCAGUACUCGCUGCGCAGCGCAGUGCGCUACCUGCGCGACUCGAACCUCGCGCCGCUCACCCCACCCGCCGGCGCCGAAGCGCGCCUCUCGGGCAACGCCGGCUCGGCCGCACGCGCGCACAACCUCUCGCUGCUCGACGCCUUUGUCGACCUCGCUGGCAUCGACGGUCCCACCUUUAAGCUGCCACCCGCUGCGCCCGCAUCCACCUCGUCCGGUAGCGCAUCGCCGCUCUCCGAGCCGGUUUUGAGCGUACAUGCGCUGCGCGAGCGAGACCGCAACUGGAAAGCACUCUCUAGCUCGCUGCAGCACAUGCACGACCAGUCGAAGCUCGCCGCCGCCCAGUCGCCAGCGCACACGGCAGCGCGCGCGUCGCCUUCGGUCGAACUGUCGCUGCUCGACAGCAUACGCAACGGCUGCAGCUCCGACCGCAUCCUCAUCGACGCGCUCGUCAACACCAACAGCAUGGCCUCGGAUCUUUUCGCCGUGGGCAGUGUGCAAGACCUGGCUGACACCUUCAACGUCGAGCUCGUCGAGCUGCUGUGCGAGCUGUGCGAGCUUGUCCCGCUCGUCGGCGUCGAGUCUGUCUCACGAGGCCAAGAGGUGGGACUGAGCAGCGCCACCGAAAGCCGAUCGCGCUCUGCAAUCAUGUCGCGCGUCACCCAGUCGCGCGCCCAGACCGAGGCCAACGCCAAGAUCCUGCGUGCGCUCGUCAAGCAGCCGGACAACAAGGUCUGCGUCGACUGCAAGAAGAACGACCCACGAUGGGCGUCGUGGAACCUGGGCUGCUUCCUCUGCAUCCGAUGCUCCGGUAUCCACCGCUCCAUGGGCACACACAUUUCCAAAGUCAAGUCGAUCGAUCUCGACAUUUGGACGCCCGAGCAGAUGGAGUCGGUGCAGAAAUGGGGUAAUCGCCGCUGCAACCUAUACUGGGAGGCGCAUCUCAAGGCGGGCCAUGUUCCCGCAGAUCACAAGAUCGAGAGCUUCAUCAGGUCCAAGUACGAGUCGCGCCGGUGGGCCAAGGACGGCCCUCCACCGUCGGAUCCUGCUGCGCUUGAUGGUGGUGCUGCUGCUGCUCCGGCAGCUGCGCCCGCAGCAGCCGCUGCUCCAGCUGCCUCCAACAGUGCCGCUCCACCUGUGGCGCGCGCACCUGCCAUUGAUCUGCUCGACGACCCUGCGCCCGCACCGGCGCCUGCUGCUGCCUCGCUUUCGCGCCCCGUUGCAGCUGCACCCGCUGCACCCGCUGCUCCCGCCGCCGCGCCCAAGCCGGCCGGAUCCAGCUCGGGGCUGUUUGAUCUCGACUGGCACGAGCCCUCGGCGGCUGCGGCUGCCACCUCGCCCACCUCGCCAAUCGGCUCGUCGGGCGCCAAGGGCAAAAACGACAUCAUGAGCCUCUUUGCCGCCCCACCGCCCGCUGCCGCACGUGCGCCCGCUGCCAACACCACCAACGCCUCCGCAUUCGACAUGGCGCCUCCCGCCGCCGCCGCCGCUUCCAACCCUUGGUCAACCCCAGCCGCACCAGCCCCCUCCCACAACCCGCUCUUCGACACCUCGGACGUGUGGAGCUCCACCCCCGCCCCCACCGCCCCGCAGUCGCAGCCGCCAAAGUCGGAUGCAUUCGCCGACAUCUGGGGCGACUUCAAGUAG